AUGCCGCGCCUCGCCCUCUUCCGCCUGCCGACCAAGCUGCGGCGCCAGGCCCGCCGCAACCGCAUCAGCACGCUGGCGGUGCUCGCCGCCGCCGCCGCGCUGCUCCUCCUCGUCCUCCUCCCCCUCUACCUCGUCUACGUCGUGUACAAGCCGCCCCGCGCGCUCAUCGGCUACCUGCGGCACAAGUACCCCGACGUGCUGUUCGAGGUCGCCACCCAGGACAAGCUGGUGGCGCUGUCGCUCGACGACGCGCCGUCCGCCCACACGGGCGCCAUCAUGGACGUGCUGCGGGCGUCGGGCGCGCGCGCCACCUUCUUCGUCAUCGGGGCCCAGGUCCCCGGGCGCGAGGACACGCUGCGCCGGCUGGUGCGCGAGGGCCACGAGCUGGCCAACCACGGCAUGCGCGACGAGCCCGCCAGCCGCCUGGGCCCGGAGCAGCUCGCCCGCGAGGCCGGCGAGGUGCGCGACGCCCUGGUCCGCGCGUACGCGGCCGAGCGCGCCGUCCUGCCCAACAACUACUACCGCCCGGGGUCGGGCUUCUUCAACUACCGCAUGCGCGACGUCCUGGGCCGCCGCGGCUACCGCAUCGCCCUGGGCAGCGUCUACCCGCACGACCCGCAGAUCCCCUACCCGCUGCGCAACGCCGAGCACAUCCUCAGCAUGGUGCACCCGGGCGCCAUCAUCAUCUGCCACGACAGGAGGGAGUGGACCGUCCCGAUGCUGCAGGUCGUGCUGCCGGAGCUGAAGCAGCGGGGGUUCAGGGUCGUCACCAUAAGCGAGCUGGUCAAGACGGCCGAGCCCCUGGGCGGCAGGUGA